UGGGAGUGUUCGCAGAGUGGAUGUCUGGAGGAUAGCGGAGUCGCGAUUUUAGCAUCCGAGGAAAUCGCAUGGCAGAGAAGAUGGAUUGGAUGUCACAAUGGAUCAGAAGAAAGAAGGCAAUCACGGCCAUUUUAACCAUUCAUGUAGUUCUUAGAACAUCUUGCGAUGCCUUUUACCAGCCCCUUUACUAUCCUCUACCGAUAGGAAGAUCAAGUGGUGGGGGUAAUUACAAGCCCCCUGCACCUAUGACUCAUCUACCAUAUUUUGGCUAUCCUGACAAAACAGAAGUUAUUAUCAUCGGGGACAAAGGAGAGCAACAUCAUCAUCACCAUCACCACCAUCAUCACUCCCACGGGCAUCAUCAUUCACAUGGACACUCCCACAAGCAUGGCCAUGACCAUAAACACGAUCACCAGCACGGCCAUGACCACAAACAUGACCACAAGCAUGGUCAUGAUCACAAACACGAUCAUGAGCACAAUCACAACCAUGGCCAUCAUCACGGGCACAAGCACAUGCACGGCCAUUCUCACAGCCACAACCAUGGGCAUGACCACAAGCACAAGCACGGACACCAGCACUUCAACAAGCAUGGGCAUGAGCACCAUCACUCCAAUGAGCAUGAGCAUCAGCACAAGCACUUGAACAAGAUCAUAAGCGGACAUGUCCAUCUGGUGGGAGGUGGAGGAAUUCUACGUCAUAACAUGGCGGGAAUGGACGGUGGCCGUCAUCAGGAAGAAGAAGACAACGAUGGAGCCAUUUCUUUCGUCCAACACGAUAACGAUGCGGUUGUUAUGGAUUUGAAGGGAAGGGAGCCCUUUGGGAUGGAUGAGGUACCAGUUUACCGAGACGAUCCCAACAGUAGCCAUGAAGCUAAGAGCCAAAUCGCUAAUAGUUUUUCUUUCGGAAAUUCAGAUGACAACAGGGAUACAAGUGCAUCUGAUUCUUUUGAUUUUCCAAUGUUCAAGCGAUCAACUUAUAACUUAUAAAUUUAUAAAAGAGAAACUUAAUCGUUUAAUAUUGACACUCACAAUUUCAACGGAUUGUGUUGUCGGUUUUAUACCCAAACUCAUUAUUAAUCACUUUAAAAUAGAAUAAUAACCAAAUUUUAUGUACGGUAAUACAAAAAAUUUUUACUACGAUAAUUUCGAUUUUAGUCCUGUAGAUUUUGGACUUGAACUAUAAUAGAAACUUUAAGAUGAAGAUAAUUUCUGCUGUUUUCCUAAUGAUCAAAAUGCAACCAGAAAUAAAAUGAGCUAUAUUCAUAAAAUUAAAGCUAAUACGGUGCAUUUUCCCACUGAUAAAAUGUAUAUUGAAGUGAUUCAUGCUAAGUCAAAUUUUCAUUGUUAAACGAGUUCUUAUUUUUAAAGAUUAUUUUAUGUUAUAUCGAGCUAAGAUAUUAUUUAUACUCAAAUGUCAAGUGAUGAAAUAAAGUAU